AUGGCCGGCGGGGGGCCCGCCACGCUGGCGCUGGCCCUGGCGCUCCUGGAGGUGGCCCUGCCGGGGGCUGGGGCCCAGGGCGCGGCCCUGGAGGACCCCGGCGGCCACUCGGUGCAGGAGCCCUGGAGCCAGGAGCCCUACUAUGUGCACGGGGAGCCCGAGGCCCAGCCCCAGCCCCUCUCCCCGCGGCCGCCCGCGGGCACCCAGGAGGAGGCGCGGGAGCUGCACCCACCCGCACCCAGGCCCCCCAAGAGGGCGCCCAAGGCCAGGAAGACGCCCCUGAGGGAGAAGCCGGCUCCGGAGACAGAGCCCCCGGCUCCGGGUAAAAAUAGCAACAGAAGAGGCGCGAGAACCAAGAGCUUGGAGAAGGCUGCCAGCGACGAGCACAGCCCCCCCAGGGCCCCGGGGGAGGCCGGGGCAGGGUGCCCGCCCCUCGGCCUGGAGAGCCUAAAAGUCACGGACUUCCAGCUCCACGCGUCCACUGCCAAGCGCUACGGCCUGGGGGCCCACCGCGGCCGGCUCAACAUCCAGGCAGGUGUCAGCGAGAACGACUUCUACGACGGGGCCUGGUGCGCCGGCAGGAACGACGCCCACCAGUGGAUCGAGGUGGACGCGCGGCGGCUGACGCGGUUCACGGGCGUCAUCACGCAGGGGAGGAACUCGCUGUGGCUGAGUGACUGGGUGACCUCCUACAAGGUCAUGGUGAGCAACGACAGCCACGCGUGGGUCACGGUGAAGAACGGGUCAGGGGACAUGGUGUUUGAGGGGAACAGCGAGAAGGAGGUGCCCGUCCUGAACGAGCUGCCGGUGCCCAUGGUGGCCCGCUACCUGCGUGUGAACCCGCAGUCCUGGUUCCCGGACGGCAGCGUCUGCCUGCGGCUGGAGGUCCUCGGCUGCCCGCUGCCCGAUCCCAACAACUACUACCACCGGCGCAACGAGAUGACCACCACGGACGACCUGGACUUCCGGCACCACAGCCACAGGGAGCUGCGCCAGCUGAUGAAGGUGGUGAGCGAGAUGUGCCCCAACAUCACCCGCGUCUACAACAUCGGCAAGAGCCAGCGGGGCCUGAAGCUGUACGCCGUGGAGGUCUCCGACCGGCCCGGCGAGCACGAAGUCGGGGAGCCCGAGUUCCACUACAUGGCGGGCGCCCAUGGCAACGAGGUGCUGGGCCGCGAGCUGCUGCUGCUGCUGGUGCAGUUCCUGUGCCAGGAGUACCUGGCCGGCAACGCCCGCAUCGUCCGCCUGGUGGAGGAGACCCGCAUCCACAUCCUGCCCUCCCUCAACCCCGACGGCUACGAGGAGGCCUCGGAGGGGGGCUCGGAGCUGGGCGGCUGGUCCCUGGGGCGCUGGACCCACGACGGCAUUGACAUCAACAACAACUUCCCCGACUUGAACUCGCUGCUCUGGGAGGCCGAGGCCCGGCAGCGCGGCCCGAGGCCCGUGCCCAACCACCACAUCCCCGUCCCCGAGUGGUUCCUGUCGGAGAACGCCACGGUGGCGGCGGAGACGCGGGCCGUCAUCGCCUGGAUGGAGAAGGUGCCCUUCGUGCUGGGCGGCAACCUGCAGGGCGGCGAGCUGGUGGUGGCCUACCCCUACGACAUGGCGCGGUCCCCCUGGAGGGCCCAGGAGCGCUCGCCCACGCCCGACGACCACGUGUUCCGCUGGCUGGCCUACUCCUACGCCUCCACGCACCGCCUCCUCACGGACGCCCGCCGGCGCGCCUGCCACACCGAGGACUUCCAGAAGGAGGACGGCACCGUCAACGGGGCCUCCUGGCACACCGUGGCCGGAAGUCUCAACGACUUCAGCUACCUCCACACCAACUGCUUCGAGCUGUCCAUCUACGUGGGCUGCGACAAGUUCCCGCACGAGAGCGAGCUGCCCGAGGAGUGGGAGAACAACCGCGAGUCCCUGAUCGUGUUCAUGGAGCAGGUGCACCGCGGCAUCAAAGGCCUGGUGACGGACUCGCACGGGAAAGGCAUUCCGGACGCCAUCAUCUCCGUCGAAGGCAUCAACCACGACGUCCGCACAGCCAGCGACGGCGACUACUGGCGGCUGCUGAACCCCGGCGAGUACGUGGUCACGGCCCGGGCCGAGGGCUUCGCCGCCUCCACCCGGAGCUGCAUGGUCGGCUACGACAUGGGCGCCACGCGCUGCGACUUCGCGCUCAGCAAGACCAACCUGGCCCGCAUCCGCGAGAUCCUGCAGCAGCGGCGGCCCCCGCCCGGCGGCCUGCGCGCCCGCCCGCCCUGGCUCCGCGGCCGCAGGCGGCGGCAGCGCGCGUGA